ACCAUUACUCGUGAGGUAAUAGAUGUAGAAAUUCUCUGACAAGGGACUCUGACUUCAUACUUCCUGCUGAUCUAUCUUACUGCCUUGUGAGGAUCUGGCCUUCGGCUAAUGUGCCCCAACAAGGAACUAACUGGGCUGAGGCUGGGACAGAAUCAUGGCCCCCAGAGACACCAUUCUUCUCUGUCUUGUGCUCUGUCUGAGCCAGAAGAUUCGGGCACAGGAAGGGGAUUUUCCUGUUCCUAUUAUAUCUGCCACACCUGGUUCUAUGGUUCCCUGGAAUGAGUCUGUGAAGAUCCUGUGUUGGGGAACUCCCGAGUCUUACUUGUACCAACUGGAAAUCCUGAGAAACUCCACAUUUGAGGUGGUGGAGAAGAAAUUGGGAUUUCAGGAGAAGGCUGAAUUCCUCAUUAGCCACGUGAAUAUGAACACUGCAGGGCGUUAUCAGUGCCAAUACAGGAAAGAGUACAAAUUAUCGGAGCCCAGUAAAGCCCUGGAGCUGGUGGUGACAGGCUCAUAUGACAAACCCUCCCUCUCAGCAGACCAAGGUGUGGUGGUGGUACUGGGAGACAAUAUUUCCCUGCAGUGCAGCUCAACACACAACCCAUUUGAUAGAUUUUCACUGACCAAAGAAGGAGGAGCCACCCUGUCACAGCCCCAAAAUGGAGUACACCAAGGCAACUUCGUUCUAGGUCCUGUGAAUCUCAGCUUCUCAGGAAACUACAGGUGCUAUGGUUGGUACAGUAGCAGCCCUUAUGUGUGGUCGGCCCCCAGUGAUGCUCUGGGGCUUGUGGUCACAGAUAGAAUGAAUCAAGAUCACACAAUGGAGAAUUUGAUCCGAAUGGGCAUAGGAGGACUGGUUCUUGUGGCUCUCUUGGCCCUAGUCAUUGAAAAUUGGCACAACCAUCGGGUCCCAAACAAGGAAGACUGGCCAGAUUUUCCUGAACUGAGCCGGAGUAAACACAAAUGUCAGACAGACCGACCUCUGGAUAAAACCCUAAGAGCUACCAGGUAGACACCUGUCACUGAAAUAGAAAUGAGUCAGCUCUUGCAGAGUCCUGUGGAGCCACCGGGAGAACAUAAGGGAGAAAGAGGCACUAACAAUUUUGGAUCCAUUUUCAAACCAACCCAUGGUGUUUUCUCUUAUGGAUCUAAUAUGAUCGUGCACCACCCUUCUAGAUGUUGGUGAUAAAAUCCUCGGUACAGUCUUGUCUUAACUCAAGACAAGUGAGUUUCCAGAGACAAAAAUCAAAGUAUUCCUAGUUCUCAGUACUGACUGUUCUUUCCCAGCCUCUACAGAAGGGCUGGCUCAGGGCUUCAAUCUGUCUUGAAUUUACCACCCAAACCGGGUACCCUCACAUCCUCCUGGGUAAGACCUUGACCCUUAGAAUGCCAUUAAUUAUUAAUGUCACCAAUUAAUUAUCAAUACCGUCCAUUCAACGUACCACAUAUCCUAUGACAUGAGUGCUCCUAGUUUUCGCUACACUGACAUUUGUGUUAACACAUAUUUUCCCUGUUGCUAAGAAGACUCUCCUGUGCUGAGGAAACUAACGUUUCAAAAGGUCUCAUGCCUCCAGGGCAAAGUCGAUAGACUUGUGAAAAUGGCCCCAACAAUGGUCUCCUCUGAGUUUUCUCACUUCUUUGAGCUGCUUAGUCUACUGACCCAGCUCUUUGUAGUAUCUGUCAUGAGGUAUGCAAAACAUAAACUACUGGAAAUAUUUAUUGAGAUUAUGAAUAAAUAAGUUGAUGAAGGA